AUGAAUCGACGCAAGAGAAUCGCCCCAAAGGAAGAGCAACCUGUUCCUGAAUCGCAGCCCGAUAUCAAGGUCAGAAAAGUAAACGAUCUGUACACGUCUUUCAAUAAGGAGGCUUUACUAGGCAAAGGAACGUUUGGUAACGUGCAAAUUUGGUACCAUCGUAACGAUGCUGAAAUAUUUGCUGCCAAGGUGUUCAAACGUGAAAUUGAUUACCGGUCGGAAUUGGAGCACGUUAGUAAACUGAAACAUGAGAACGUCGUCAAGUUUGUGAAAUCAUUCGAUGACGAGAAAGUCAUCUUGAUGGAACUCUUGUCUUACUCCUUGGACCAGCUUAUUAAAGAAAGAACAGAGAACCAUUUGGGAUUAUCCGAGUCACUUGUUCGAACCUUGAUAAAAGACACGAGUAAUGCUAUAGCGUAUCUGAUCAAUGGUUUGAAUAUUGUACACAGAGAUAUCAAACCAGCAAACAUUCUCUUUGACGGCCAACACAAAUCAUUCGUUCUGGCUGACUUUGGUUUAGCUAAAUCAUUUAAUCCAACGACGAGACAGUAUAAAGACAUACUCUCUGGAACGCCGAACUUUCUCGACCCUCGAUUGUACAAGAAAGUCUCGCAGAUGGCAGAUAAGAAAACACCGUAUGACAUAUCGAUACACACUGAGUUAUGGUCGUUGGCAGUCACGUAUUUCAUUGCAGCAACGGGCAGACACCCUUUUCAUCCAACCCGAUUGAGAAAUGCCUGGUUGGAUCUCGCUUGUAACAAACCAGAGGAUUGCUUCUGGAUAAACGAGAAACAGGAAUACAAACGCGAGCUGGAAGGUUAUCAUCGGUUGUCUUUGAGUUUUGCCACAGACGUUUUCACUCCAUUGCUCGUUUCGAUGAUGUCCGAAACUGCAAAGUUCGAACAAUUCUUCGAACGCGUUGAUGUGAUGAUGCGAUCGGAUACAGUUCACGUUUUAGAUAUCAGAACUUUCAAACUUCAUGCCUUGUACUUCCAGUUUGCUUUAGAUUCUCUCGAAACGGUCAUCACCAAAGCGUUCGAUUACCCGAAUUUGAAACUUAUACAUGGGAUGAGUUUCUUACCGUUGACUGGAAAAGACACACCCGUACCAAAGACGACAGAAGACAAUCCAAUCUUACUGUUUGCAACGACGAAAGACAACAUGCUUAAUCUGUCUUACGUAGAGCAUCGUUUGUUCAAAGCAGCGAAAGACUUCUUCGAUGGAAAGACUAGAUUCAAUGACACAGAGGUUCAGUGUGUAUUAACAAACACCAUGACUAUUAUAGAGGAUUGUCACAAGUAUGUCCGGUCUCUGGCUGAUUCGGAAAUGGUGUUUUCAACAGUCGUGAAAGAAAAACAAGUACAACUGGAAGCGCAGUACAAUUGUUUCGAAACUCAAAUACAGUCGUUUUUCAAGCUUCACCAACCAAGUAGUGAAUUUCGAAAUUUCGUUUCUACGAUGACCGACAAAGCGAAGAAUGCACUUACUCCGCUUGAUACAAAUAACUUCAGAGAUAAGGAUAUCAUCAGUUAUCGAGAUGUGGUGUCGUUGAGACAGCAUCUAGACUUGGUUAAUCAAAAGAAAUUGAAAGUCGGCCUACAAGACCACGUAAUGCAAACCAAGCACGCUAUGGACAAAGCUAUCGAAUCCGUAUUGCAACAAGUCAGAAACUUUCUGACGGAAUAUUUCAACACGAUGGCAAAUUACGAACAACGUGUCAAAGAUUUAGACAAUUUAUUACUCGAAUAUACGUAUGCACAUACGAAAUUGAACACACAAAUUGUCAAUGAAAUACAAAAUGUUGGAAAAUAA